AUGAUUCUCGCGUCUUCAUUGAACUCUUUAGCGGCUCUGGCAACCUGGCGCGACACCUGCGACAGGCAGGGCACGCAGUCAUUGAAUGGGAUGUCCUGCAUGGGCAAGAGUUUGAUCUUACCCGGCCUGCGCCGUGGGCUGUGCUUCGCGGCUGGAUUGCCAGCGGCAAGCUGUCCUGUGCCAGGCUCCGUUCCUCAAGCAGAUACAGGAAAAAAGAUGAUGCACAAAGUUGACCGCGACACCCAGAUCAAGAACAUGCGUGACGACAAGGGCGAGAUGGACGCGUUCAAAGGUCACCGUGCUACUUGCGUCAGUAAGUGUAAGAAGAAGCUUGAUGCGGGUACUUGGAAAUAUGAUUAUUCUGGCGGAACUGAUCCGUCCAGGAAGAAAGCUAGGCAGUUCACUCGCGAGAAGGUUUACAAGGAGGCGCUUCUCCCGCCGGCCCCCGAUGUUUUGCCUUGGGCAGAAUGCAUUGAGACCGUUUCGCCCACGCUCCACAGGCAGUUGGGCCACGAAAGAAAGCGGUUGAACGGGCAGGAGGUGGUCAUCAUGCCCCCCAAGAAGGGCACCCCUUGGAAACUCCAGACAGAGAUCUCGAACCUGCACAGGUCCAAGGAGCUCAUUCACGAGCAGAGCUCGGGCGAGAGCGACAACGAGGUGGACGACAUGCUCGAGGAAGUCCAGGAGGCGGGUAUGGCAGGGAUCGAGGAUGCUUGCAAAGGCGCGGCCACGCUCGACGACAUGAUUAAGGCUAUCCAGAAGGAGGCGCAGGAGAAGUCCAGCAGCGCUGGCAUCGCCAACUCGAGCGGGGCGCCGCCGUCGGACGCCAAGGCGAAGAGGAAGUGGGGGUUGGCCGACGUUGAGGACGACGACCGCGGCGUGGUCAUGGCCCGUGAGCUGGAACGUUUCAACACCGCGGACGAGACGUCGGUUUACUUCAAUGAUAAGUGGACGAUCCAGCAGGAGAACAUCCGGAGGUACAUAGACAAGGCCCAGAAAGAGGAGAAGGACGAGACAGAUACCUCUAAGAAGGCGGCGGCGACCCUUGCCAAACAUACUUUCCAGAUGAUGGAUUCCGUGAUGAAGAUGUAUGCUCGCAUCACUGGCAAUAUGUCGGACCCGAAGUGCCAGGAGGCCUGGAUGAGCAGCUACAGCAACCUCAUGGCUUUCUUGUCGGACAAAGACGAGUGCAAGGUCAGGUGCGUUUUCUUUUGGGAAACGCAUUAUGAUUCGCUUGGUAGUCUCCCACAGUGCGACGAGUUCCCAGCCGAGCUCUCCAAGUUCAAGCUCGCGGAGCGCGGCAUCAUCGCAAUUGAUGCUUUAGAAGACGUUGUGCGAUUCCAGAAAACAGCCAUCGGGAACAUGAUCACCUCGAAGCUUCAGCUGCCCCUCGACACCGAAGCCAUCGUCGCGGGCCUAGCCACUCGGUUGCACCCGUUCUUGAUCAUCUCAGCGACUAGUUGGAUUGACGCCGGCGUGCUUGGGCACGUGCGCGAUUUCGAUAAGUUGCUAUGCGCCAAGGACCUGAAAGACAGCAGCGAUGCUGACCGCGUGGCAGAGUUGCAGAAGGUGGUGCAAGAGGGAGGGGACAUGCUGAAUACUGGCUUCCUCUACCUCCUGUGCCAGAACAAGGUCGCUGGCACUAACAUCCUGGCCCGCACCACCAAGGCCGUGAGUGAGUGCAGGGAGCGCGUAGCCUUCUCCAAGGAGGUAGCCCAGAAGAACGCUCGAGUUCGCGAGUUUGUCACAAAGGAAGCGAUCGGGCCCGCAGAUUUCGGGGAGCUGAAGGACAUCAUCACUUUCAUGUCGGCCGGCAAGCAUGCAAGCGCGGAGGACAUGUUGACAUUCCUCAUUGAUUUGGACGCAGCGCUGUGCGCGAUGACCGACUACCUCAUCGGCCUGUGGGUGACGAGGUACAAGGAGACGACAGCUUGGUUCGAAGCGAAUGGCCAGCCUCACGACGAUGCUAUUUCCAUGCUCACCACCUCGGAAGAGCUGCUCGAGCCCAGGCAGGAGAACACCCCCGAGAGCGUCGUGAUCCGCCGCGAGGUCGUGGCCUGCUGCCGCAAGUGGUACAUCAAGCACUUCGUGUUUUCCCAGAGCAAGGACCUCAAGCAGAUGAGCCGCGAGAACAUGAUCGACAUGACAGGCCUCGACCGCUGGCAGUCGAUCGAGAGCUGGCGCGAGAAGAUUGCCACCGACCUCGAGGGGCGCGCCUCCAUGACGAAGACGGCCUGGCAGCUCGUGAAUGCCAACCUCAGGGCCCAGGAGCAUUUUACCGCUGUGUCCAAGGACGUGAAGGAUCACCUGAGCAAGGCAAUGGAGCAGCCGUUCGAGGACGUCUCGGCUUUGUUCUUGGAAUGCCAAGCCGUCAUUGCCGCUCCAGUGUCUGCCGGUGACCUGAGCGACCUCGGCGAGAGAAAGGCCACCUGCGAGAAGUUAUCUUCCUUUGGCCUCGACCCCGAUAUGAAUAGCAAGAUCUCCGGGCUGUUGGAGAAACCAUUAAAUGAGGUGCUGGUGUUGCGGGUAGAGUUUAUGCAACGUUUUAUCAAGAUUACUGCCGCUGGCUGUGGCGUGUUGCUGCAUGGAGCAUCGAUCCCAGAGUCGUUCGAUCACGUCAAGAGUCUCAUCGAGGAGGGAAAGGCGAUGAACACAUUCCUGAGGAAUUCUGCGCGCGACCGCUGGCGGGACAUGGAGAGCUCAACCUUCAAGGCCAAGAUCGAGGACGGCCCUGCCAUCACCCGCUGGUCGGAAGUCGUCUUGGCCACUGCCUUUGAUGCGUAUGCCGAGACCCUCAGCAAGCAGACCGUGGCUCUCUCCGACAUGUGCCCGCCGAGCAGUGCCAUCGAGUCCCCGGCGCUCCUCUCAGACAAGUCCUUGCAGAACACUCUCUUCGGUAAUCCUGAUCGUCACCACCUGAACCCCGCGGUGCAGGCCAUCGCCAGUUUGCUCCAGCGCGUGAAGCAGGCCCAGCAGAACGGCAUCUCGCGCACCAAGCCCUUGAAGAAUGCCUACAAGGACGCCUACGACCAGAGAGCUUACGCGAAGACGUGCAUCAUGGUCGACUGGACGUUGGACAACAUACUGAAUGACCGCAGGACGGCGCCGUCUGAGUUGAGAGCACAAGCUUUGCAGAUCGAGACGGUGAUCCAGAGGACGGCGGCGACUCUCCCCGAGUACUUACUCAACCUCUUGAAGCAGAUGAAGGGGGAGCCUGCCGGUGCCCCCGCGGCCGCCGAGCCCGCGGAGGCCGCCGCGGCCAAGGGUGCCCAGGCUGACGGGUCCGGGGCUGCUCCUCAGGCCGCUUGA